AUGUUAAUGCAGCGUGUCAUUACUCAUGGCACAUUGCAAAGGGUGGCAGCGGGGCGCCGAUUACUGCUGGGUGUCGCUGUCCAUGACCCACCACAAUCAUUUUGCAGGUGUGCCCUCCGCCUGCCCCCUCCACACCCAGCAGGCUGGCAUUGGUUCUCAACGUCAUCCAGCGUUGCAGCCCACCAACCCAAACACCAUCCCCCAAGGGACGAGACAUCGACUUCUUCACCUCAGACAACGGCAGAUCAGCAAGACAAAGACAGGACCGGUGUUGAAGAGGUGGACCCUCUGCAAGACAAGUCCAUUGGUCUUGUUCAGAGAUUUAAGAAGACUUUCAAACAGUACGGAAAAGUGAUGAUUCCUGUUCAUCUCCUCACGUCAUCAUUUUGGUUUGGAACCUUCUACUAUGCUGCCAUGAAAGGUGUAAAUGUGGUACAAUUCCUGGAGGUGAUUGGUGUGCCCGAAUCACUCGUUGGAUUAUUGAGAGAAUCUUCAAGUGGUUAUGCUCUGACUGCUUAUGCCAUGUUUAAGAUCGCCACCCCUGCUAGAUAUGCGGUGACUCUCGGUGGCACUUCCCUGUCUGUUCAGUACCUCCGAAAGCACGGCUACUUGUCCACACCGCCGCCAGUCAAAGAGUACUUCCAGGAUAAGAUGGAGGAGACAAAGGAGAAAUUUUCUGAAAAAAUGGAGGAGACAAAGGAGAGAUUUUCAGAGAAAAUGGAAGAGACAAAAGAACGCUUCUCAGAGAAAAUGGAAGAGACUAAGGACAAGCUGUCGGAGAAAAUACAGGAAACCAAAGACCGAGUAUCUGAGGGGAAAGCAUUUUUUAGGAAGAAAAAUGAGUAG